AUGGGUAUCGACGAAUCUCCACUGCCAAAAGACUUUGCGCGCGCGUACUUUGCAGCCGAGGAUCGCACCGUCUUCCUCAACAAGAAGCUCCAGGUCGCGCAAUGGGAGCAUCCAGGCGCUGACGGCGCAAAGGCCAGAACGCGCACCUCAACCUUCCCGCUGGAGCGCGCAAAGCGUGGCGUGCCCAUCAUCUUCCCGGUGUCGCCGCAGCCCGCGGACAUGCCGCCUGACUGGGAGCAGUGCGUGGCGUCCAUCCCACACCGGCGCGGGGACUGGGAAGACCCGCAUAUCCUCUACCGCAACGUCACCGAUCACGCCGUGCAGGAGGCGGAUCCACGUCCAAAUGCGAUUGAGGACGAGCUGCCCGCGGGCUGGACCAAGGAGCUUGAUGUCGACGGUGACCCGUACUUCUUCGAUCACGACACGGGCAUGGCCACAUACGACGACCCGCGCUAUGUCGAGAACCCAGAGCCGAGUCUCUCCCUGCAAGCGCAAAUGGCGACGAGGCAGAAGAAGCGCUCCUCCUUCCAGAAAAACGUCGUCACAAAGAAGACGUGGAUCAUUGGUCCGGAGGACCUGACCGCCUUCUCUGCCAUUGACAAUCAGCUGACAAGCGUCGACGAGAUCCCCAAACACGUGCGCAACAAAGUGCACAACCGAUACAUGGACAUUCUCCCCAAUCCACGGACGAGUGUGAAGCUGCCUAUGAUUGAUGGAGACCCGACAAGCACUUACGUCAACGCCAACUACGUGCGCGGACCAGAGGGGCAGGCAAAGUUCUACAUCGGCGCCAUGGGGCCGCUGCCUGGGACGGUCGUCAACUUUUGGCGCAUGCUGUGGGAGACGAGGACAGCGGCCAUCAUCAUGGUCACAGGCAUCCUUGAGAAGGGGCGCAAGAAGUGUGAGCGGUACUGGCCUGCUGACGUGGACAACAAGACAGAGAUGAAGUUUGGCGACAUCACCGUUGUCGCGCAGCAGGAGGCCGUCGCCCGAGGUUACGUGUACACGCUGCUGCGCGUGCAGCGUGGAUCUGAGGUGCGCAAGAUUGGACACUUCUUCUACAACAGCUGGCCCGAUCACGGUGUCCCGCGUGAUGCCUCUGGGGAUCUGUAUCCAGACAGCGUGCUCGGCAUGCUGCACACCGUGCACAAGUGGUGUUCGAAGGUCAAGGAUCGUCCCAUUGUUGUCCACUGCAGCGCUGGCGUUGGCCGCACAGGGACCAUCAUCGCCAUCGAUCACUGCCGAUACCGUUUGAAGCACCAGGGGCGCGUUGAUCCCCUGCAGAUUGUGGACUUCAUUCGGCAGGACAGAUGCGCCCUUGUGCAGCAUCCAAUUCAGUUCAAGUUUGUCCACGCCGCUUGCAUGAAAUACGCGGAUCUGCACAAGCACGCCUACACCGUCGAGAAAUCGGAGCACGUGGAUGAGUUGGAAACGCGCGCACGGCGAAUGUCAUUGGCUGAUCGACAGGCAAAGUUGCAGGAGGAGAAAGCAGCGGCAAAGUCGCGUCAGCAGCUGGCGCGUCGCGGACGCAUGCGCCGCAGCAUCAUGACGAAAUCGCAGAUGCACGGCGAGCUGCGUACCAACGGAAUCGACGUGGAGACGUUCAAAGCGAUGGACACGGAUGGGAACGGCAGCAUUUCGCUGGAGGAGUUCAAGGCAUAUUACAAGCAGAAGAUGGCAGAGUGA